AUGGAAGUAAUAGGCUCUGAGAAUGUGGGCACAAAGACAAACGACAGCCCCUCUCCGGACGAGUCCCAGGAGCUGUCGCUCGCUGGACAGGACCAUGCACAGCCUGAAGUCGAAGAGUCAAUGGACGCAAGGAUUGAGAGACUGGGACGCGAGCGGCCGCCCACGUUCAGGUCAAUCUGGUCUGAACUCGCCUUCGUGUUCAGCAUAGUGAUGUCCCAGAUUAUAACGGAAUAUUUUGUUGCGGGGUUCAAUGUCAUACUACCCACGCUCAUCGAAGAGCUCGGGAUUCCUCAAUCAUCUAUUGUCUGGCCAGCUACAGCUCCCUCUUUGGUUAUUGCGAGCAUGCUUCUGGUGUUUGGCAGGCUUGGUGACAUGUUCGGGGGAUUCCCUGUAUAUAUCGCUGGCUUGGUUUGGCUGUUGAUAUGGAGCAUUGUCUGUGGCUUCAGUACUUCUCCGCUCAUGUUGGUCUUCUGUCGAGCGUUGCAAGGCCUUGGAGCAGCCGCCUAUCUGCCGACAGGGGUUAUGCUGAUGGGGAGUGCUUAUCGGCCUGGGCCGCGCAAGAACCUGGUUUUUGCAUUGUAUGGCACUUUCGCCGUUGUCGGAUUUUUCGUGGGAAUUUUCUGUGGCGGCCUGGUCAGCCAGUUUCUGCGUUGGGGCUGGUUCUUCUGGAUCGGGGCCUUUCUUGUCACCACUACCGCCUUCACCUCGAUUCUAUCUAUACCCAAUGAUCGGAAAGAACGGCGGAAGAACAAAAUUCCCAUGGAUUGGCUCGGUGUCAUGACGAUCGUGCCCGGGUUGGUCCUUGUGGUUUUCGCAAUCACUGAAUCAGCACAUGCUCAACGAGGCUGGCAAACACCUUAUAUCCCCACCUUGUUUUGCGUUGGAUGCAUAUUGCUAUUGGUCGCCGUCUAUGUGGAGGGUUGGAAAGCCCAGUACCCAUUACUACCUGGUGACAUCUUCACGGUCCCAUGCAUGGUGCAACUCAUCAUUGCGAUGCUAUUCCUCUAUGGAAACAUUGGCGUCCUGUUGCUCUACGGCACCUUGUACUUCCAGAACAUCAUGGGUGCCACUUCUAUCCAGGUUGUCGCAUGGUGGACGCCAAUGGUGGUUGGGGGAGUCAUCAUAAGUACUUUGGAAGGGUUCAUCCUCCACCUGGUCUCGGGUCGCCUGCUCUUGAUCAUUUCAUGUCUAGGGGGAAUUGGGGCUCAGCUGCUUCUUGCUUUGAUUCCAGAAGGUGGAAAAUAUUGGGCCUGGGUCUUCCCGGCAUGCAUUCUGGGUACGAUUGGCAUCGAUCUCUCGUACAAUCUCCUGGCUGUCUUUAUUACCACACAGCUGCCCAGGGCACGACAGGGAUUGGCAGGUGGACUGAUCAAUUCGGUUUUGCAGCUGGGCUUUGCUCUGCUCCUGGGGUUCUGCGACAUUAUUCAAUCAUACACUGUGGAGGGAUCGGGGCUAAGACAAAGCUACAAGAACACCUUCUGGCUCGGCGUGGGUGCUGGUGGUGUGGCUUUGGUGCUGGUCACGAUCUGGGGCAGGGUCCCGAAGGCGAAGAGCGAUCUUACGACAGAUGAGAAGCUGGAGCUACAACGGGAGGCCGCACGGCUUGCUGAGGCCUCAUGUGGCCGGGCUGUUGAGAUUCAGUAA